CUCCUCCCCAGUGUGAUGUCACCUCCACACCUGUCUCACAUCAUCCUGGUUCUUCUGUUUUGCUCCAGUGUUUCCUGCUCGACUCACCUGUCCACCUGUCCACCUGUCCACCUGUCCUCCGCUCCUGAGCUCCUCGCAUCACCUCGAAUACCUGCGGAGCCUCAGCAGACCACAGCCAGCAGCUUCAGACCUGCGGUCGGACCGCGUGAGGCGCACAAAGACGCGGAGACCCUUCCGAGGGGCCGGACCUGUAGAUCGGGAACCAGCGGGCACAGCAAGAGGGAGACGAGGAGAAGAAGAAGAAGAAGAAGAGUUAGAAGAAGAAGAAAAGAGGCCAACAUGUCCAACGCUCUGCUGAGGAGAAACUCCAGCAAACAGGGUUUACAGAACCUGAUGAGGCUGACGGCUCAGAGGAGCAUCGAGGACGCCGAGGAGGUGGAGAGGGAGCGCCGUCGACGAGCUCGGGAGGCUUCACGCUGGUCCAACGGCGGCUCGCUGCCCGGAGACGUUUCGCCUGAGAGCGAAACGCCGGCAGAAGAGAACAUGUACGACGGCGACUUGAAGCCGAACAGCUCUCCAUCUCUGGAGGAGGACGAAGGCUUCAGCGACUGGACCCAACGCCGAGAGAGACGGAGGCAGCAGCGCCUGCAGGAGCUCAGCCAGGGAGGCGAGGAGGACGAGGAGGAAGAGGAGGUGCCGAUAAACAAAGCUGUAAAGUCCGUCCAGGCCAGCCGGCUGCAGAGACAAGAGCAGGUAGACAGGAGCAAGAUGGAGGUGGAGACGGAGACGGAGAGGGAGAGGAGGAAGGAACGCGAGGAGGAGGCGAUUCGAGCUGAGAGGGUGAGGAGGGAGAAAGAGAGGGAGGAGGAGGAGAAGAAGAGGAAGAGCGAGGAGGCGAUGGCCAGGAGGAGGGAGGAGAUUCAAAGACCGAACACAGAGGUGGAGAAAAGAAAAGAAGUUAAAAUCUCCUACACGUCUAAAGUUGUCCUCCAACACGAGCCCAAACACAACAACGCCAUCAGAGACGCGACCAACGAGGAAGUGACGUCAUACGUGAACAAGACAAGAAGAUCCAUCAGCAGAGCCAAGGAGCCGGAGGAGGCGCAGGCCAUCCUGGAGACGGAGCAGCGUCUGGAGAAGAUCCGGCUGAGCCUCCAGCAGAAGGAGAGCCAGGAGCUGGAGCAGCUGAGACACCGGCAGGCCGAGGCCGAGCAGGAGCUGGAGGAGCUGAAGAGGAGGAGGGAGGACAGACGAAGAGUCCGCGAGGAAGAGGAGCGUCGGAGGGAGGAGGAGGAGCAGCUGCGGCUCGCCAAGGAGGAGGAGGAGAGGACGAGGAUGAAGAGGGACAUCGAGAGGAGGAGGAUGGAGGCAGCAGAGAGGAUGAAGAGUCUGAGUAUGUCCAGCGUGGACGGAGAUGAGAUGUUCAGUCCCAUCAGCCCCAAAACUCCCACGCACAAGAUCACAGAGAGGACAGAGUCGCUGAACCGCUCGCUGAAGAAAAGUAACAGCUUCAAGAAGACGCAGACGCUCGUCCUGCUGCCCAAGAUCGACGACAAGAUGGAGCAGUACGCACACGCUGUGGAGAGCGCUCAGGAGUCCCGGGCAGUGAAGGCAUCACUGAGCGACCUGCCCAGCUCACCGGAGGUCGUCGCCUCCAAGAAAAACCUGUUUGAGGCCGGAGAGGCCUGGAGCCAGAGUCCCACCAGGGGAGCUACCUGCAAGGACGCUGAGGGGCUGAAGGUGGGCGUGGCCGGCCUGAUCACUCAGUGGGUGAAGGGUCCGUCUGACGGCAGCAGACAGUCACUCUGCAGACCGACUGACGUGAAGCCCGGAGACGUGAUGCAGAAGAAGAACAUGUGGGAGGGGAUCAGAGACUCGUCGGGUCGAACCGGGCAGAGAUCCAAGACCUCAGCAGUUGGUAAAAAGUACAAAUUUGUCGUCACUGGUCACGGAAAAUAUGAGAAGAUCCCCGUUGACGACGAGGACAGUCAAGAGUUCACCAACGGAAAGUCUGAUUUAUAUCACGACUACUGACGAGGCGUCGUCGCUUCAUCGUGCAGCAGCAGCAGUUACAGUCUCAACAUCUCAUUUGUAUCCAAUAAAUCACUUUUUCUGACUUUCACAGUUGGACAACUACAAACCAACAGCUCAAGUCCAAAACAUCUGAUCAUCAAACAUCUAUAUUUGUUCCAUUUCCUGUCUGCUUUUGUAUUUUUCCGACCUCGUGUUCCUGUUGUAUUGUGUAUAUAUCUGUCAUUGAGCUUUAAUGUUUCGUGUUUUGUCCUCUGCUGCAGUAUUUAGGUGAAUCAUUCUGGAUGUCUGGUUGGUCCUCGUGUGAUGGUGUGUAGGGAAACUUUAAGGUCUUUUUAAAAUAGAAAAAGUUUACAUUUUCCAAAUCAUGUAGAAUUAAUGGAUUACACUAUGAGAUGUUCUGCACUUCAACUUUGGCUCAAGAACAAUCUGAGACAGUUGAGACACGAACCUUCGAGUUGAUCACGUAUCUAAACGGGGAACAUUGAUUUCUGUUACAUCUCAACAUUUAUCAAGCAGAAACUUGAUCUUCAGUUUUUAUCAGCCGUCUCUGUUUCACUGCAGACAUGUUUUACCCUUCAUACCCGAGUCCUGAGAUCUGUGAUUGUGUUCAUAACCUCUUUUCUUAAAUAAAUUAAAUAAUUUUCUACUUUU